AUGCUUCCUGCUGAGUUCUGCGCCAAGAACCCCCCCCCCCCCCAUGGGUGUUCCCCCUCCCCCAUCUUGCCCUCUGUUGCUUCUAUUGCUGCGGCCGACCUCGUUGGUCUCUACGGCGUCAACGCUGCGUCUGCCCCUAGCGAGAGACGCCGCACCGGCAAGGGCAAGGGGGGCAAGGGCGCUGGAGGGGCUGGCGGGGGCGGUGGAGGUGGUGGUGGAGGCAGUGGAGGGGGUGGGGGUGGUGGUGGGAGUGGUGACAGGGGUGGCGGCGGCGGCGGCAGCAGUGGAGGCGGAAGAGGCGGCGGUGGUGGCGGAGGGAGCGGAGGCGGCGGAGGUGGCGGAGGAGGCGGAGGUGGAGGAGGUGGCGGAGGCGGCGGCGGCAGCAGUGGACCUGGUCGCGGCUCUGCACAGAGGGGUGGCUCCGGUGGUGGUACGCGCCAGCAGCAGCAGAGCAGUCGUGAGACCCUGUCUCCUCAGCAGCUUCGUGAAGGGUAUGCUGCGCGCCAGCGGGGUGGGGGUACGGGUCCCUGCACCUACGUUCUCCGCACCGGCGACCGCGGUGGUGAGCAGUGCGGGGGCCCGCACUCCACCCAGCGCUGCUUCGGCCGCCUGACGGACGCAUGGCGUCGCCAGUUCCCUGGGGCCUUUGAGAUCCCUCGCUGGGGAGAGCUCUCUAGGGUUGGGGUUGCUAUCUUUGCUCUUGAUUUUGAUGCUAUACUUGCUGCCAUAUAUACUGUUGAUGAUAGUGUUGCAGGUGACUGUUACCUGUGUGUACCGCCUGACCCGGGCAUUGAGGCUGCUGCUGUAGGUGCUAGUGCGUUUGCUGCCCCAGGUGCUAGUGCGUCUGCUGCCCUAGGUGCUGGUGAGUCUGCGCUCUCAGGUACUACGUCAGCUCAGGCCUUAAACACCUUCACCCUUGACUCGGGUGCGUCCCGCUCCUUCUUUCGAGACCGCACCACUCUUACGCCGCUCAGUCGGCCGGUUGCAGUCUCCCUGGCGGACCCCUCUGGGGGUCCUGUCCUAGCUAUCUUCUCCACUGUUUUACCGUGCCUGGCAGCCUCCUUUGGCACACUGUCAGGUCUCUACCUCCCCUCAUUCUCUACGAAAUUGGUGAGUGGAGCGGACCUACAGGAUAGGGGGGUUGACCAACUCUCGUUUGGCACCACCGCCUUGGUCACCCCUCCCUGCCUCGUCUGCGAGGCAUGGCCUCCCGUAACCUUGUCUCUGGUCUCCCUCGGUCUCUCCCUCCCCUACCUCCGGGGCCUGCCCCUACCUGCGUCCCCUGCGUCGAGGGGCAACAGCGCGCCGCCCCUCACUCCUCCGAGUUUCCUCCGACAGAGGCUCCGUUGCGGACUCUCCACAUGGACGUGUGGGGGCCCCGCCUGCGUCAUUGGGCAGGGGCGCGAGCGGUACUUCCUGGUGGUGGUUUACGACAACUCGCGUUACACUAUAGUCUUCCCCUUGCGCAGCAAGGGUGACGUCACUGAGGUGUUGAUCGAUUGGAUCCGCGUAGCUCGUCUCCAGCUCAGAAAGAGUUUCAGCUCGGACUUUCCUGUUCUGCGUCUGCACUCUAAAAGAGGCGGGGAGUUUUCCUCUGCCCGUCUGGGAGCCUUCUGUUGUGCACAGGGCAUCCGCCAGACCUUCACGCUUCCGGCCUCUCCACAGCAAAAUGGGAUUGCUGAGCGCCGCAUUGGCAUGGUCAUGGACGUCGCUCGUACGUCCAUGAAGCAUGCGGCUGCCCCCCCUUUUCUGUGGCCGAUUGCCGUUCAGUACGCCACGCACCAGCUCAACCUUCAGCCCCGGGUCUCCUUGCUAGAGACCUCCCCCACCUUGCGGUGGAUAGGGAAGGUUGGCAAUGCGUGUGCAUUAUGGGUCUGGGGAUCUCGGGCGUUUGUCCGCGACUUGUCUGCGGACAAGCUGUCCCCCGGUGCUGUUCCCUACGUCUUCCUUGGCUUCCCCCCUGACGCGCCUGGGUGGCAGUUUUACCACCCCACCUCGCGCCGUGUUCUGUCCUCCCAUGACGUCACCUUUGACGACUCGGUAGACGCGGUCGAGCCUGUCGAGGUAGCUGUUGACUCUGGUGCUGCUAGAGGUGCUGAGCGUGCGGGUGCCGAGUCUGUGGGUGCUGAGUCUGGGGGUGCUGAGUGUGGGGGUGCUGAGCCUGGGGGUGCUAGGUCUGAGGGUGCGGAGCCUGGGGGCGCUGGGUCUUCUCGUGUGGCCGCCGGCGGUGCUUGGUCGAGACGGGAGCCGCUCGCUCCAUUGUAG